GAGAGAUAAAAAAAAUGGACUAUCUCAAUCCAGUCUUCUCAAUCGAUCAAGUUGAUGAUUUCUUACAAUUCUCUCCCUCUCCUCCCUUACCUCCACUAAACCCUCCUUCAAAUUCAAGUCGUCGCCGGAAAUACCCAAUAGCCAUUUCCGAUCAUCAACACGACAAUGUUACCGACAACAUCAAAAACCCAAUUGAAAACAACACUAAGAAGAAGAAGAAGAUUCUGCAUAGAGAUGUAGAAAGACAGAGAAGACAAGAAAUGACUACCCUUUAUCGUUCACUCCGAUCUCUACUUCCACUAGAUUACAUAAAGGGAAAGAGAUCGAUUUCAGAUCAAAUGAAUGAAGCAGUUAAGUAUGUUAGAGAUUUGCAGAAGAAUAUUGAGUUGUUGAAUGAGAAAAGAGAUGAGUUAUUAAGAAGUGAUUUUACUUUUGUUAGUUCUUCAAUGGAGUAUUGUAAUUCACAUCCUAAGUGUGAAAUAAAGGUUCAAUCUUGCAGUGGAAAUGUGGAGGUUAUUGUCAAUACGCCGGCGCCGGAGAUCGGAGGUUUGCCGGUGUCGAGAAUUGUUGGAGCUUUAAUGGAGGAGGAGAUGAUGGUUGUGAAUUCACAGUCUACAAAAGUGAAUGAAAGAUUGAUUCAUUGCAUUCAAUGUGAAAUAGUUAAUGAAAAGAAGAUUGACUUAUCUAAGCUAAAAGAGAAAUUAGAAUGGUUAAUUUGUUUAUAA